AGAUGCUGCUAGAGCAUAACAUGAGCUAACGCUAGCCGAAGAUGGUCCCAGGUGUGGGCGGAGUGUCACGAGCGCGGUUAUUCACAUUUCUUCUACUGGCCCUGACGGAAGUGAUAGCACGCGCUCUAGGCAGCCCCGCUCCAAUUUCGAAUGUAGCCCUAAAUCAACAGCAGCAGCAACAGCAACAGGAUGAAGGUUCUAUGGUACCCAAGUACAGCUUUCAUUUCGCUCAUGCAGUGUACAACGUUUCCAUCCCGGAAAAUAGCGUCGGGAAAACGUAUGCCGUUCAACCACCGAACGAGGACCGGAUGGGCCUGUACGUAAGUCCAGAGCUUGACGUCAAGUACAAAAUCGUCAGCGGGGAUAAAGAUAAGUUUUUCAAAGCGGAAGAACGGCUGGUUGGGGAUUUCGCAUUCCUGGCUAUCCGAUUACGCACAAGCAAUGUGGUGCUGAACCGUGAAAAGGGCGACAGCUAUCGGUUGGAAGUUAAGGCCACUGCCACCAAGCGGGAGGGCAAGAGUCGGAUAUCCUUGGAGGCGGAUACCAUCAUCGACGUCAAGGUGCUAGACACGAACGAUCUCAGCCCCUUGUUCUACCCAACCGAAUAUUCCGUCACCAUCUCGGAGGAUACCCCCCUACACAAAAGCAUCCUCCGCGUGAUAGCCGAGGACGCCGAUCUAGGCUUAAAUGGCGAAAUCUACUACAGCAUCCUGGAUGAGACGGAACAGUUUGCGGUUCACCCAACGACCGGUGUCAUCACGCUCACCCGACCACUGCGAUUCACGGAUCGAUCCCUGCAUGAAUUGACCGUAACGGCCAAUGACCGCGGUAUUGGUUCAACCAGUCGAAGUCAAGCCAGCAAGGCACGGGUGAAAAUUAAAAUUCGACAGGUCAAUCUGUUUGCACCGGACAUCUAUGUGCAAGCGUUGCCGGACAUUCUGGAGAAUUCCAAUACAAACAUAUUCGGUAUUGUCCGGGUGGAGGACAAGGACAAGGGCAUCCACGGACAGAUCAAAAGUCUCGAUAUCGUGGACGGUGAUCCGGAUGGACAUUUUCGCAUCAAACCUACCGCACGGCCGGGUGAAUACGUCAUCGAGGUGCAUCGGCUGCUGGACCGUGAAACGGCCCCGGCAGGUUAUAAUUUAACGCUCAGGGCAAUGGACCGAGGGAUUCCUUCGAGGCAAAGUUACAAAGUGAUUCCAGUUCAUUUGGCCGACAUAAACGACAAUGCACCGGUGUUCAAUCGGGAAAUCUACGAAGUGUCUGUACCGGAAACGUCACCUCCCAACACUCCUGUUAUAAGACUGAAAGUAACCGAUAGAGACGAGGGCAAAAAUGCUCAAGUAUUUCUGGAGAUUGUGGGAGGCAACGAGGGUGGUGAGUUUCGGGUGAAUCCGGAGACCGGUAUGUUGUACACAGCAGUUCCCUUGGAUGCCGAGCAGAAAGCUUUCUACACUCUGACUGUUUCGGCGAUCGAUCAAGGGAAUACAGGGACGAGGAAACAGUCCUCGGCGAAGGUGAAAAUCAACGUACAAGAUACCAAUGAUAAUGAUCCAAUCUUUGAAACGAAUAACAUGACAAUAUGGGUAGACGAAAACGAGCCAGCUGGGACGACGGUUACGAAGGUGACAGCCCGGGAUAAGGAUCUUGGCGAGAAUGCAUACAUAUCGUACAGUAUAGCGAACUUAAACGAUGUCCCGUUCGACAUCGAUCAUUUCUCUGGAGUUGUGAGAACGUCCAAGCUGUUGGACUUCGAAAGCAUGCGGCGGGAGUAUGUUCUGCGAGUGCGGGCUUCAGAUUGGGGCCUUCCCUAUCGACGACAAACCGAAAUGCAGCUGGUCAUCAAGCUGCGUGACGUUAAUGACAAUCGACCACAGUUCGAACGGAUCGACUGUGUUGGACGGAUACCGAGGUACACCCCGAUCGGUACGGAGAUUUUCAACCUUUCGGCACUGGAUUUUGACAAUGGCACUGUAAUUACGUACCGAAUGGUUGGCGGUAACGAGGACGGUUGUUUUAAUCUUGAUUUGGGAACUGGUGUCAUUACGAUCGGUUGUGAUUUGAACGAUAUUGGUGUUGAAUUCCGAGAAGUGAAUGUAACGGCAACGGAUGGUACGCACUAUUCGGAUACCGUGAGGAUUCAGAUAAGUCUUGCGCGGAACAAGCGAAAUUUGGGUGGAAAUUUGAAAGCCGAGGAUGGUGCUUCAUUCGAGUGCCGGGAGACAGGAGUUCGGCAAAGGCGUGUCGAUAUCCAAGCAUCUGCGGAAAGAAAUAACAUGCCCGGGAAAGACGUGAGCAAUGGUGAUGACUUUGCCAUGAUGCCAAGCAGAUACGGGGAGAACGUUCACGCACCAGAGUUUAUAGAUCUUCCGUUGGAAGUGAAGGUUAACGAAUCGAUACCGCUGGGAACGACUAUUACCUGGAUCAAGGCAAGAGAUCGAGAUCUUGGCUACAAUGGAAAGCUAGUGUUUGGCAUAUCCGGAGGAGAUGAUGACUCAGUCUUCCGAUUGGAUCCGGAUAACGGAGAGCUCAAGAUCAUAGGGUACCUUGACCGGGAACGUCGUGAUGAAUACUUACUGAACAUAACAGUGUACGACUUGGGUAAACCUCAAAAAUCCGUGUCAAAAGUGCUUCCCAUAACCGUGCUGGAUGAGAACGACAAUUUUCCGAAAUUUGAGAAAUCCCUUGCAAGUUUUCGGGUGACUGAAAACGCACUGAACGGAACGAUUAUCUUCCGAGUGAACGCCACGGAUGCCGAUUUGGGUGUUAACGCGAAGGUCACAUACAGUAUGAUCACAGAUACUCGGGACUUUCUGGUUGAUCCCGAAACGGGAGUCCUUUCAGUUGUGGCUCCACUGGAUCGAGAACGUCAGGAAUUAUAUGAACUGCGAAUUCGAGCAACGGAUGGUGGAGGUAAUCAGAACACACCCGCUCUGUAUUCCGAAGCAUUGGUGCGGGUUACGGUAGACGAUAUCAAUGAUAACGUUCCGGAGUUUAGUGUUCAAGAUCUGAAUGUUCGUAUUCGUGAGGAUGUUCCGAAGGGAACCGUCGUGAUGGUGGUGUCCGCUAUCGAUCUGGAUAGCGGUCCGAGUAGUGAAAUCAUGUACAGUUUCGGUGAAAACGGAGAUGGAGAAGGUUCUUUCAAAAUCGAUAAACUCUCCGGUACGAUUCGAACGGCGAAGCUGCUGGACUUUGAAGAACGACAGAUUCAUAGUUUGGUAGUGAAAGCGAUUGACCGGGGCACACCGUCUCUUUCGUCGGAAACGUCAGUGAUAGUGGAAAUAAUAGAUGUAAACGAAAACCGGUACGCUCCUCAGUUCGAAGACUUUGUCCUAACGGGUACGAUUACGGAGAACAAGCCUCCGGGGGCGCAUGUGAUGCAGGUGAUUGCCAAGGACCACGACCCGCCUGGCCCCGAUUCCAGAGUGAGCUAUUCUAUCAAAGGUGGUGACGGUCUAGGGAUAUUCGCCAUCGAUAACGAAGGUGUCCUCCGGACUUUGGCAUCGCUCGAUCUGGAAUCCAAACCCAACUACUGGCUAACGGUUUGCGCCCAGGACCAGGCGGUGGUCCCACUGCAUUCGUGUGUUCAGGUCUUCAUCCAAGUUCAGAACGAGAACGACAACGUGCCCCUAACGGAGGAAGCCGUCUACUAUCCCUCCGUACUGGAAAGCAGCCCCAACGGUGUGAAAGUUCUUCAACUGAUUGCUGACGAUCGCGACAUUGAUCCACUGCAGCAGAUUUCCUACCGCAUCACGUCGGGCAACCCGGAAGGCUUCUUUGCAAUCAACAGCACUAGCGGUUUAAUUACCACUACUGCCAGGAAGCUUGAUAGGGAAAACCAGUCCGAGCAUAUCCUUGAGGUCCUGGUGAUGGAUAAUGGCGCCCCGCAGCUUUCUUCCACCACCCGAGUCGUCGUACAGGUUGAGGAUGUAAACGAUCACGCGCCCGAAUUCGAUCAGAAACUGUACAAAGUUCAGAUUCCGGCCAAUGCCAAAGUAGACCAGGCACUGUUUCAGAACGAUUACGCAAGUGGAUACGACCACUCCGAAACGGAACCGGUGGAAGUCGACUUCAGCCUGAUGCAAUCCGAUCCGGACGCCGGACUCGAAGAGGCUACGUGGGAAAGCUAUCCGGAGAAAGAUUUCCGCGGACUGCAAAUGGUUCUCAGGGUAUUGGCCACCGAUCAGGACAUAGGCGAAAACGGCCGGGUAACCUAUUCCAUCAAAGCCGGACGCGGGAAGGCGAAAAAAUUCCGCAUCGACCCGGACACUGGUAUCAUCUAUGCGGCCAAAACGUUUGAAGUGGACUCCGAGUAUGAUUUGCUGGUCAGAGCUGAAGAUAACGGUGUACUGAAAAAGUCCCAGCAGGCUCGCGUCAGCAUCGCUGUCGUCGAGGUGCCAGGGAAAUCGGAAAACCCCCCGGUGCUCAAAACCAUCGACCAGCACGUUGAGGUGACAGAAAGUGACACCCCUGGCUUCCUGGUGGCACUAAUCCAAGCCAUCGACUACGAUGGCGAACAACUGUGGUACGACAUCGUUGGUGGGGACGAGCGGAAUGAAUUUUACAUCGGACGAGACAAUGGCAAUGUUUUGCUGGCCAAAUAUUUGGACUGGGAAACUCAGAAGGAGUACAAUCUAACGAUAAGCAUCUCCGACGGGGUGCACGUUAUUUACACGCAACUGUACGUUUCGGUAAUUGAUAUAAAUGAUCACCGACCGGAGUUUACGGAAUCGCUGUACCGGGUGGACAUCUCGGAGAGCAUCGAGGAAGGCACCGAGGUGCUACAACUGCACGCAACCGAUGCUGACGAGGAUAAAAAGUUGUUUUACAGCUUACAUGCGGCACGUGAUCCGGUUUCACUUAAACUUUUCCGCGUCGACUCGGUUAGUGGGAGUAUUAUUAUGGCACAUAAAUUGGACCGCGAGGCACUGGCGGAGCACGUGUUGAUUGUGAUUGUAAAAGAUCAGGGAACCCCAGCCAAACGAAAUUACGCGAAGGUUAUUAUUACGGUGCAUGACCACAAUGACCACGCUCCGGAGUUUACCAGCAAAAUUGUACAAGGAAGGGUAUAUGAGACUGCUACCGUUGGAACCAAGGUCGUUCAGGUUUACGCAAUCGACCGAGACAUUGGAGACAACGCUAGAAUUACCUAUUCGAUAGUGAGUGGAAACAUUGGAAACGUUUUCAACAUCGAUUCCAACAUGGGUGUCAUAAGCGUUGUCAAAGACUUGGACAUAAGUGCACUCUCCGAGUACAUGCUGCAGGUUAAGGCCUCCGAUAGUGGAAAACCGUCACUUUCAUCUCAGAUUCCGGUUCACGUGAUGAUUAACAUGGCAGACAAUGCUCCUCCGAGGUUCAUAUCCGUCGAUCCAGCUGCUGAAAUCUAUGAGAACCAGCCUAUCGGGACAUUUGUCAUCCAUAUAGAAGCACGGAGCACUUCUUCGUUGCAGUUUGAGAUAAUCGAAGGAAACGUCAACGAUAUGUUCUUCAUCAAUCCCUCAACCGGGGUCAUCACCACCAAAGACAUCCUGGACUACGAGAGCCACAAAUUCUACAAUCUAACAAUCCGAGCAACGAACAUGGCCUCCGCUUCGGCAACGUGCGCAGUGAUCAUCAACGUACUGGACAAGAACGACAACACGCCAUACUUCGAGCAGGAAGUCUACAAAGGUGAAGUCUCGGAAGCGGCACCAGUCGGAUCGCUAGUGCUGACGUUGAGUGACAAUCCAACGAAAGCCAGUCAAUCGCUGGUGAAUGCAUCACUACCGCUGGUAAUUAAAGCUAAGGAUGCGGAUUCCGGACUUAACUCCUUGCUGCAUUACGACAUACUGGAGAUGAUGCCGCGGCGUUACUUCCACAUCGACUCUAGCACUGGAGCCAUCAAGACGAUUAUGCACCUGGAUCACGAAAAGAUUCCUUUCUUCAGUUUUCAUGUUAAGGUAACUGAUCUCGGCAAGCCUCGUCUCACGUCGGAAACUACCGCCGAGGUGCGCAUCACGGUCAACGACGUCAACGAUUGCGCUCCGGCCUUCACCCAGAAGGAGUACAACGUUACGCUUCUGCUUCCCACCUAUGAAAACGUAGCCGUCAUACAGGUCAACGCAACCGAUCAGGACAGCUCGGAGAACUCCACUUUGCGGUACGAUUUGAUCGAAGGCAAUCGCGAUGGGGUGUUUAUGAUCGAUGCUGCCACUGGAGUAAUUACCACCAGGGAUGUGGAGAGUAUUGGAUCGUUCUACAAGCUAGGAGUUCGCGUAUCGGAUGGAAAGUUUUCCAAAGUGGCUUACGUAAGCAUUAGUGUUGAAACAUCCGACAAUUCCGGCUUGAUCUUCCAAAAAACGAUCUACGAAGGUUCAAUACUGGAGAAUAGUACAAAAAUAACAACUGUUACGGUUGUAAAUGUAAUUGGAUCGAACCUAAAUGAGCACAUUGAGUUCAAUAUCUUGAAUCCAACUGAUCUGUUCAAAAUUGGUUUGACAUCCGGGGCGAUUCAGACGACUGGGAAAAAAUUCGAUCGAGAAGUGCGUGAUAAUUAUGAACUGAUUGUUGAAGCACGCUCGCAUUUGCCGGAUAGAGAGAAACCACGAGUGGCACAUGUGAUUGUGAAUGUUACAAUUUUGGAUAUCAACGACAAUUGUCCAAUGUUUGUGAAUCUACCGUACUACGUGGUUGUAUCAGUAGAUGACCCACGCGGUUCAGUAAUUACGAAAGUGCACGCUCUCGACUUGGACAGCUAUGAGAACGGUGAAGUUCGUUAUGAGAUGAAACGAGGGCACGGUGAACUGUUCAAAGUAGAUCGCAAGACCGGUGAAGUGACGCUGAAGCAGACUCUCGAGGGACACAACCGGGACUACGAACUGCUGAUAUCCGCAUACGAUGGUGGCAUUACGCCAUGCUCAACGGAUGUCACAGUACAUGUAAAGGUGAUUGACAAAUCGAUGCCGGUGUUCAGCAAGCAGUUCUACUCGGACACGGUGGCGGAAAACAUCGAACUACAUUCACCGCUCUCGGUAGCAAUUCAGGCGGAAAGUCCGCUGGGUCGGAAGCUGAUCUACAGCAUCGUGAAGGGUAACGAGAUGGAGGAGUUUGCCGUUGAUUUCAACACAGCGCCAGACAGUACAAACGGUCCAUGUGCGAUCUACGUGGUAGACGAGCUGGACUACGAGCAGAAGCAAAGUUAUGAACUUUUAAUUAGAGCAACGGACAGCGUUUCCGGCGUGUCGGCGGAAGUGCCGGUAUCGGUGUUGGUGCAGGACGUCAACGACUGUCCACCGGAGAUCGAGCAGGAUAGCUACAACAUCACCGUUUCCGAGCGGGCCCAGUUCGGUACGGCAAUACUGAAGGUGCAGGCCAAGGAUAAUGAUACCGGUAUCAAUCAAGUCAUAACCUACGCACUGCAGACAGAUUCCAAGAACACCUCCGAGUAUUUCCACAUGGAUCCAACAGAUGGUGCAAUCUACCUGAAGAAAUCAUUGGAUCAUGAAACGCUGAGCCAUCACCAUUUCACGGUUAUAGCAAGUGACAAAGGAGUCCCCAGUCUAAGUUCUACGGCCCACGUGUGGGUUUCAGUCAUGGACAUGAACGACAAUCCGCCGAAAUUUGAACAACCGUCCUAUACUUGCGUUCUAUCCGAACACGCCACUCGAGGCCAAUUCGUAACGGUGGUGUCUGCCUCCGACCCGGACUACAUUGACCACGACCGUUUAACAUACACCAUAUCGCAAGGGAACGAGCUGCAAACCUACGACAUCAACCCGGUCAGUGGGAUUAUCACUCUGGUCAACAUGCAAAACUUUGCCGAAAAGCACGUCACCAUCUUGAACGUUUCCGUAACGGAUGGAGUGUAUACCAGUUUCACCCGGGUUAAGAUAUCGAUCCUUCCGGCAAACCUGCACAACCCCACCUUCGAGCACAUGUUCUACGAUGUCAAGGUGAACGAGAAUCAACUAGCUGGCCGAUUGGUGACAACGGUCAAAGCACUGGACAAGGACUUUGGAGAAUACGGGCGACUGUCGUACUACAUCAUUUCGGACGAAAUACAGGAAUACUUCUCCAUAGAUAAAGAGAAGGGUGAAAUCGUGACCAAGAAGAAGCUGGAUCGUGAAGAAAAGAAACUCUACGAGAUACCGAUUAUGGCCGUAGAUUCUGGUGGCCGUGCGGGUUUUACCACAGUUAGGGUAAACAUUGGCGAUGAAAAUGACAAUGCUCCCGUGUUCCUUCUUCGCGAGUACAAGGCGUUGAUACAAGGAAACUUAACUAUCAAUACGACGUUCUUCCGAGUCAAGGCGAUAGAUACUGAUGACAAUCAGAACGCAGUGGUUAAGUAUUCGAUCUUUGAUUCGCAAAAUAGCGGAAUCAAAGAACUGUUCGGAAUCGAUGAGAAUACUGGAGGAAUCUAUCUCAGGAAAAGUGCUAUGCAAUGGGAAAACCAGCUCUUCCAAUUCUUCAUCCGUGCCAAUGACUGCGGUGUUCCAUCUCUGUACUCUGAUGUACCUAUUGACAUCUACAUCAUGAGUUCAGCGGACAAUCCUCCAGUAUUCGAGAAGAAGGAAAAACUACUUUUCCUUUCCGAAAGCUCACUUCCGGGAACGGUUAUCACUAGAUUGAAGCUGUCCGGAAACGUAACGGCCAAGUAUCGUAUUCUUUCGGAUGAACUCGAAGAGCCACAGUUCUCGAUCAAUAAUGUUGGCGAACUGAGGCUAGCUAAAACACUGGACAGGGAGAUAAAUGACAUUCAUCUGAUAGCCAUCCUUGCUGAAACUGAUUCCAGUCCUCCUCUGACGGCAGUCACCGAUGUCAAUCUCCACGUACAAGAUGAAAACGACAAUACACCAAUGUUCGAAAGCAACCCAUACUCGUUUGCUUUGGCAGAAAACAUCGAGAAAGGAAGCUCGAUCAUGAAGCUUACUGCACGAGACUCGGACAGUGGCUCCAACGGAGACAUACGAUAUUCUCUCUCCGCGGAUGUUGGUGACAUUGUCAAUAUAUUUGACAUCGAUGCCUACACCGGAUGGAUCACCACUCUCGUUCCUCUGAACAAGGAGAAAAGAGAAGAUUACAAAUUCCAAGUUCUCGCCACCGAUAAUGGCCAACCGAAACAUUCCACUCGUACAACGGUCAUUAUUCGACUAAAGGACUACAAUGACUGCCCUCCAACAUUCAAAGAAUCUCACUACAAAGCUAGUGUUAUCGAAGAUGCACUGCCCGGUACUGUCGUACUGCAAAUUGCUACUACGGACAAGGACGUAGAUUUGAAAACCCCUAUCGAAUACUACAUAAUUUCGGGUGAUCCUCUAUCUCAGUUCCAAAUCAAAAACAGUGGAGAAGUCUUUGUCGUAAAAGCCCUGGAUCGCGAAAGCAUAUCACAGUAUGAACUGGGCGUCAUCGUCACCGAUGGAAAGUACACAUCGACAACAAACAUAUCAGUCUCCGUGCUCGAUGCCAACGAUAAUCCUCCAUAUUGUUUGAAGUACCGAUAUCGAAAUCAGCUUAGCGAAGGAGUUCCCCUUGGAACAUUCGUCCUGCAAAUCCAAGCGAACGACAUCGAUGAACCAGCAAACAGUCGAUUACGGUUCUAUCUCACCGGUAAUGGUGCUGAAGAGUUCAACCUCGAUAAGGAUUCAGGUCAACUGAAAACCGCUAGACAAUUGGAUCGUGAAACGCAAUCAAAGUUCCACCUCGUCGCUCACGUCCAAGAUCGCGAUCACCCCGGAUGGGAGUGUUCUUCACAAAUAGAAAUUUCAAUCACCGACUUGAAUGAUAAUCCACCAGAUUUUUCGAUGAACCCGUAUAGUGUCACUCUUCCCGAAGAUGCUGAAGUAGGAACUCUAGUUACCAAGAUCCAUGCCACAGACGCUGACAUUGGCAUCAAUCGAAAGAUCAAGUAUUCGUUCAUUGAUUCCUAUCGGGAUCAUUUCAAGAUAGCUCCAGAUAGCGGAAUUGUUACCUUGGCCAAACCUCUAGAUCGAGAAAUUAAAGCUGUCUACAAUUUGACGGUUCGUGCUACGGACCAAGGAAAUCCUCCUCUGUCCAAUUCGGCCUUCCUGGUCGUAAACGUUCAGGACAUCAACGACAAUCCUCCAGAGUUUACUUCUAAACACUACUUCGCUUCGGUACAAGAAGAUAGCUCCAUCGGUUCGGACGUCCUCAGAGUGCUAGCAACCUCGAAGGAUACUGGAAUCAACGCGGAAAUCACAUACUCAAUCAUCGGAGGCAACGAACAUCGCAAGUUUUCCAUGCACAACAAAACUGGUAUUCUAUUUUUGGCUGAUACUGUUGAUUACGAGCGGGCCAAAGACUACUUCCUGACCAUACAGGCGGUAGAUGGUGGAACUCCUCCACUAAGCAAUUUGGCAACGGUUAAUAUCUCCGUAGCAGACUGUAAUGACAAUCCGCCACAAUUCACUGCCAACUCGUACACGGCUACAAUACGCGAAGAUGCCCAGAAGGGAGACAAGAUGUUACAGAUACGGGCAAAUGACAUGGAUUCGGGAGAGAACAGUCGUGUCAGUUAUCGAAUCGAGCGAGGUGAUCGAAUGGGUCAGUUCUCCAUAGAGGAAGAUACCGGUUACAUAUCCGUGGCGGGAACUCUGGAUCGGGAAUCCAUUUCCAGCUACGUGCUGGAAGUUCAAGCAAGAGAUCAUGGAAGCCCGCCGUUGAGUACUUAUGUUCUUGUAAACAUUGAAAUAUCCGACGCCAAUGACAAUCCUCCAGUAUUCACGAAUCAGAACUACACGGCAGUUGUCCAAGAAGACAAACAAAUUGGCUACACGCUGCUUAAGUUCGAGGUUACUGAUGCUGACACUGCUCCAAAUGCCGCCCCGUACACGUUCGAUUUCCGUUCUGGCAACGAUGGUGGUGCUUUUCGUAUUGAACAGGAUGGCAUUCUGCGAACGGCAUCUCGCUUCAAUAGUAAAAUAAAGGAUUCGUAUCUACUGCAGGUCCGCGUAUUCGAUAAUGGAUCACCUCCACUGUACUCGGACACUUGGGUUUCAAUCAAAAUAAUAGAGGAAUCUCAGUACCCUCCUGUCAUUACUCCGCUGGAUGUCUCAAUCAAUUCCUUCCAUGAUGAAUACCCAGGUGGAGUAAUAGGAAAAGUAUUCGCUACCGACCAAGACCAGUACGAUACACUUACCUUCGCCUUAGCUAUCACCGCUGGAGUCCUGUACUCUCCAAUGAACCUUUUCAACAUAUCCCGUAACGAUGGAGUACUGUACGCAUUCCCUCGACUGGAUGUAGGAGACUACCGAGUUAACGUUACAGUAUCUGAUGGCAAGUUUGCUUCGUAUACGAUUGUGAAGAUUGCCGUCGAACUAAUUACGGACGAGAUGCUAACAAACUCGAUUGUGAUUCGCUUCACGAAAGUAAGUCCAGAGUCCUUUAUCUUAAGUCACCGAAAAGGCUUUAUUCGCUCGGUGCGGAACUCGAUGGGUUGUAAGAUCAAAGAUAUCAUUAUCAUCUCCGUGCAGAAAUCAAACGAUGAUAUCAAUCUCAUUCACCAUCGCUUAAAGCGCGAAUCUGGCCUUCAAAACGUUACUCAGCAAUUCGAAAGAACUCGCAACCGACGUGGAACCAUGCUGGAUUUGGAUGUGAUGUUCACCGUACGGAAAGGACAAAUGGGAUACUACUCAGCUUACGAGAUUCGCAAAGCAAUUGAUGAUAAUCUGGAAGAGAUCGAAGAUGCCACCAAGCUACAAAUAGACGAAGUUGUCAAAUCGAAAUGUCUGCCAAACUUCUGUAUUCACGGCGAAUGUGAAGACAAAUUGGUGCUGGACCCUAAGAUAGUCAACCCAAUUUCGACGGACGUAACGAGCUUCGUAUCGGCUCGUCACAUUCACAAGAUGGAAUGCAGUUGCAAGGAAGGCUACGGUGGUGACAAGUGCCAACAUGCAGUGAAUGAGUGCUCCAAAUCACCUUGUCAGAAUUACAAAAACUGUGUUCCGGAUUCAUCCGACCAAGGCUAUCACUGCAUUUGUCCGGAAGGUUUCGCUGGACCAAAGUGCGAUCGAGACAUCAGUAAGUGCAAUGAUGAAACAUGUUACACACCGCGGAAUCCUGUGUCGUUUAGUGGAAAGAGCUACGCUCAAUACAGGGUGGAAAAAGAAAUUGCCAGAAAGAAUCUGGAGGAUCAACUGAUACUAAGUUUACGAAUAAGAACGGUGCAACCGACAGGAAAUAUCAUGUACUCGGCGGGUAAGGUGGACUACAAUAUACUGGAGAUUGUAAACGGGGUGGUUCAGUACCGUUUCGAUUUGGGCUCCGGAGAAGGAAUGGUCAGUGUGACUAGCAUCUUUGUAUCGGAUGGUCUAUGGCACGAGGUACGCUUAGAACGGGACGGGAACAGUGCCCGGGUGAUUGUGGAUAAUAAACACGUGGCAAAUGGAAAUGCUCCAGGUGUAAAUGGUGUGCUGAAUCUACAGUCGGACGAUAUCUUCUUUGGAGCGGAAGUGAAGCAACAUCCAACGGUGCUGGGAUUCGAGGACAUUCAGCGUGGUUAUACGGGAUGCAUGGAUGAAAUCAAGUUAUCGAAGGUUCCGGUUCCUUUGCACAUGAAUGGUGCAAGUUCGGUCGCCAGUCUUCGUCGAUUCGCUAACGUAGAAUUCAGCUGUGAUGCUUCAUCUAUCUUGGUGCCACUGGGAGUUUGUGGAACGCAACCUUGCUGGAAUGGCGGAACAUGUACCGAUAUUGGAGCGGGUAACUUUGAAUGUUUGUGUCACUCGAGAUUCUCUGGAAAAUUCUGCAAAGAAGAUCAAGAUCCAUGCGCUUCAUCGCCGUGUUUGUUUGGUGGAAAGUGCACCAAGGCAGGACUCGGUAACUACACCUGUGAUUGUCCGGCUAGAAUGUCCGGUAAACGGUGUGAUUAUGGCCGGUUCUGUACGCCAAAUCCAUGCAGAAAUGGUGGCGUUUGUGAAGAAGGCGAUGAUGGACCGUUAUGCAUGUGUAGAGGAUAUACUGGAUUAACGUGUGAAAUCGACAUUGAUGAAUGUGAGAAGCAACCUUGUAAUAAUGGAGCUACAUGUAUCAAUGAAGCUGGCAGCUUCCGUUGCGUUUGUCCACCUGAAAUGACUGGUACGAGUUGUGGGGAUCCUAUGUAUUCGUUCCCACUGCGGAUUCCCUUCAAUCAGGUUACCCAAGAGCAGUGGAUUAUUGUCGGUUUCAGUAUAGCCGUUAUCGUGAUUCUAGUGAUAGUGAUAUGGGGAGUUGUGUGCGCCUGCCGAAAGAAAAGACGAACUCAUCGACACGAAAAAAUUAACAACGAUCCCAAGGCAAUGGUAUUGAAUCCUGUGUCUGACAAUUCGCAAUACAAAAGAUCAUCUAAAAUGAGCAAUCUGGAAAUCAUCCAGAGGGAUAUGCAACAAAGGCCUGUAUCGUACACUCCCAGUAGUAACAACGACCACGCCUACACGUGCAACGCCAUGCUGCAAUACAAUAAUCUAGACACACUGAGGAGCUACGGUUCGGCUGGCGAUGAGCUGGAAAAUGUGCCACCAGAAUAUCGGAAAGCGUCGUGCCGGCCGAAUCAACAGAUGGUUAACAUUAACAGUGGCCACCCCUCCAGCGAUACGGAAUCUCUGCACAAACAAAAGUGGGCCGAUCAGAUGCACAUGCAAACCUUCACCGAUAACAAAAUCAACAACGAUCUGAAGCGAAUAAGUCCGAUAACGUCACUGGAUUCCCACCGAUCCGUUUCGCUGAAGCAACAGCAAACGGGCAUUCUGCCGGGCCGAUUGCUCAACAUGCCACACUCGCCGACCCAUCUGCAACCACCGCACAGUUUCGAGGAAUCACCGGGUCUGUCGCAGGGCGCCUACCACUGGGACUGCUCCGACUGGGUUGUACGGGGGCACCAUCCGCUGCCAAACAUCACCGAAGUCCCGGGCAGCGAGGUGCCCGACUCGUCGAGCUUCCACAGCAACGAGAGCAACGAGUCGCACCCUAAGAACAACCUGCUACCUCCAAUCCUUGGACCAGUGGACCCAGCACGCGACAUCGAAACACUGAACGAGGACAACGAGUCCGAGUUUGUGGAUGACUCCGAGUGUGACCAGAGCGAGCAGCCGCUAUCGUUGGGCUUCGAGCAAAACACUUCCAUUCCAUGUCUGAAUCCUCUCGAUAGCGGCAGUGAGGACUACAGAUUCAAUACAGCUGAUAGUUAUCUUCGACACCCGAACAGCUACUUACCCAAGUACAACAUCCAGAGUGAAACGGAAGGUGAGAGCGCACCGCUGACCGGUGUGGGUAGCCGCAAGCCACUGAACGGACUGGAAAUCGGUCCCCAUCAGCUGGUAGACUCCGACGACGAGGACAUCCAAGCGUACGGAUUCCCGCAGAAACGGCGCAACCGACGGGAACCGAGUGACAUCGAUCUAGUUCUUCACAGUGGCGGAGAAGGAAGCUCCCUACUUAGCCAUCCCCGAAAUCUGAAUAGCUCCAAUCAUUCGAAUAGCGACCUAUCGACGCACUUGUGCGAAAUCGACGAUUCCGAGUACGAGCAGGAGCAGCUGCAGCGGCCGAUGCAGCAACCGCAGCAACAUCAGUCCACCUCGUCCCUCUCAUCCGGUGGGCCAUCCCGGCCCAAGCAAAACAAGGUCAAAUGGGCCAACAUAGUGCAGCAAACGGAGGUCUGACAGCAGCUCGACGGCAGCGACCAUUUAGUGCUAAACGCCAAGACUAACUCUAGCAUUAGUUCACUUUUGAUACUUUUUUCUAGGUUAACUUAUUUUAUUUAUUUUAACGUGAACCUUUCGUAAUAGCUACUUUGUGUCGUAGAAAAUUUAUACUACUUUUGUGUUACGGUAGAUCAUAUGCUGCUCCUAGUUUCGCCAUUAAGGUCUGUUUGUGUGAACGAAAAUCAAAAUUUUAAUGAGUGAUCUCUCGAUUUUUCGCUGCAACAUCAUUCUUACUUCAGUUUAAUGCAAAUUGACAAGAUUUUCAACAGAUGUAAAAUCACUGUUGAAAUAAGAAGAUCGAAGGAAACAUUAUUAUAUAAGUAGAAUAAUAAAUUUACACAACACAAAUUUGUAAAAAGAAAAGAUAGCAAAUCACUAGGAGACACACUUAAGUCGAUCAUAGCUCGAAUCAUUCAAACACGAAAAUAAAUGAGAACAAUUUUGAGAUUAACAAAUCGCAAACCGAUUCACACACACACAACUCAUAUUAUCAAUUACGGAGAAAAAAAAUGUGUAAGAUAGUAUUUGUCUAGAAAAAAGAAAGUUGAUUCGAAAUGCAGCUAGCAAAACAACAAAAUUCGUAAAACUCACACAACAUUGUAAAACAAUAAAAUUUGAAGAACACUAGGUCUAAUGUUUUCUUUGACACUUGAAAAGUCUAUAGGAUAUAAGAUUUUUUAUUGCGCAGGUACACUGUUCGGAAGAGAAUACAAUCAAUGACUGAAACAAAA